AUGGGAGAGGUAGUGCUUCCAUUUACACGAAUGUUCGCUUCCAUCCUCGCCUCCCUCCGCUCUACCUUCCAUGGCCCUUCCACACCACCUCCUCAAACAGCAGCAGCUGCAGCAGCUCCACAACCAGUACCUCUUCCUCCGGAGGGCAUCGAGUCCCAAGGCAGAGGUACUGCUCCCACUACCCACAGCCAACACAGCGCCUUGUCGUCAAUGGAAAACAUGGCGGUUCCCGCAACCAUAUGCGUCGGCGUCUGUGCCUUGAUCCCGUCGCAGGAGCAGCUCUAUUCGCACCCUCUUUGUUAUAGCCCCCUCCUCGCCUCCCUUUGCUUGUCUGUCGUCGCUGCCGGUGCCAGCCUCCUCUGGCACCGAACGGAGAAGAUUAACAGGAAGCUCGGCGACUGGACGUGCGGGUCCUGCGACCACCUCAACUUCAGUCGCCGCGACUCGUGCCAGAAGUGCGGCGACCCACGGAUGAGCGCCGGCGACCCCCGCUCCGACUAUACCAGCUUCGGCCGCCGCGGCGGAGGCUCCUCCAACGGAUUUGGCGGCGGCGCCGACGUCCGCCCCGGCGACUGGUACUGCGCCUGCGCAGCCCACAACUUCGCCAGCCGCGCCACCUGCUUCAAGUGCGGCGCGUUCAAGGACGACUCCUCGGGAAGCGGGAGGUUCGACGACGACGCGAGAGAGAGCUCCCGGGGGCACGGCGGCAGACGUGCCGGGUGGAAGUCCGGUGAUUGGAUCUGCCACAGAUCUGGUUGCAAUGAGCACAACUUUGCAAACAGAGUGGAAUGCUUCCGCUGCAGUGCACCAAGAGAAUAUGGUAAUUACAUGAUCAUAUAUGUUAUAUCAGCACUGGGCUUUAAGCUGUGCUGGGACAGAGACACAGAGUACUGCAGAUGGAUUAAGAUUUUAAGAGUUUAG